UCAAAAAUUAGUGAGAAACUACAAAAUUCCCUCUUGCUAAGAUUGCGAUAAUGAACGUACAAUCAUGUACAAUACACAUUAUAACGAGCGUACAUCUUUCUUCUUUUUUGUUUGUUUGAAGAACCACCAAAAGUUCAAAUUUCAAAAUUAGAAUCAGAAUAGCCCUCCAUCGGCGCGCUCACACCACGUCCGCCGCAACCGCAAUGGCAGGGAUAUCGAAGGCGGCGCCGGGAGCAUUCACGAUAACACCACACAAGCUCUCAAUUUGCAUUCUCAUUCAAGUCUAUGCUCCUCCCUCCCAAACCUCUGUCCCUUUCCCUUUCUCUUCCGUCUCUCAACACAAUCUCCUUGCCUCCUUCUUAUUAUCUCUCACUAAGUCUUCUGAGGAUAUUUUUGAGCCAAAGCUGGAUGAACUCAUCUCACAGCUGAAUGAAAUUGGAGGCGUACUGAAGCAUUGGUUGAGCGACCAUUUAGCUGGAAAGCUAUCAUCUUUAGCCUCACCAGACGAUUUGUUUAACUUUUUUAAUGGCUUGCGAGGCAUACUUGGGGGUUCUGAUUCAAAUGCCAUGGAUGACGAUCAAAUCAUUUUGGAUCCUAGCAGCAAUCUUGGAGUCUUUGUUCGUCGUUGCUUACUUGCGUUUAAUCUGUUGUCCUUUGAGGCUGUCUGUCAUCUUUUGACAAAUGUAGCAACAUAUUGCAAGGAAUCUCUCUCGGCUUAUCCUCCUUAUGAGUUAUCACAUUUUAACGAUUCUGAUAGCUAUACUGAAGCACCAAAGCACUAUGAGAACAUGGAUUUGGAGAAUUUUGUUGUUGAGAAAGUCAACAAAGAAAUCGAAGCGAGAAAUGUGGUUGAUGAAAAGCUUUCCUUCCACAAUCAUGCACCUAAAGCUCUAGUUAGAUCAAUUGAAGAUCGUUAUUCUUCUCCCGGGCCACAAAUUAAAAGAAUCACUAAGCCAAGAGAAGUUAGCACAUGCGCAUCUUCUUCUUGUGAUGCAUCGGAUUGUGUUGAUUCUCAGACUGGAGCGUUCUUACGUACAAAUUGGCAAAUACAAGGAUAUCUCUUGGAGCAAGCUGAUACAAUUGAAAGGCAGGGAAGCUCCUUCACUCUCAAUGCUUUUGAGUCUGUAUUGAAGGACCUUCUUAAAUUAGCUCCAGAGUUACAUCGCGUUCACUUCUUGCGUUACUUGAAUAGCCUUUAUCAUCAGGACUAUCAUACUGCUCUAGAAAAUAUCCACCGGUAUUUUGAUUACAGUGCAGGGACGGAAGGAUGUGAUUUUAUACCUUCUUCUUCAACCGGUUGCAGUAGCUUUGGGAGAUAUGAAGUUGCUUUAUUAUGCUUGGGAAUGAUGCAUUUUCAUUUUGGGCACCCAAAGCAAGCUUUGGAGGUGUUGACAGAAGCUGUUCGUGUGUCUCAACAGCAAAAUAAUGAUAGUUGUCUUGCUUACACGUUAGCAGCAAUUUGCAAGCUAUUGUCUGAAUUUGGAGUCUCAAAUAUGAGGGGGCUUAUCGGAUCAUCCUAUUCACCUGUAACCAGUAUAGGAACUUCAUUAUCCACUCAACAACUCUUAUAUGUUCUCUUGAGAAGAUCCUUAAAGCGAGCGGAAAGUCUAAAGCUGAAACGACUGGUUGCAUCUAAUCAUCUUGCCAUGGCUAAAUUCGACCUGACUGUAAGCACUUUAAUCACUCUCUUGUUUAUGCAUUGCAGUGACCAAAUAAUUAAUGGUGAUUUUUAAUCAUAGCAUACACCAAGGUAGACCCAUUUGCAUGAGUAAAGUGUGUUUAUGUAAGGGCACCUUCUUUUAAAGAAAAAAAUGUGUAUGUGUAAAGUGAAAAAAUGUAAAGGCAGUAAGAAACAGAAGCAGUACCCAUUCUCGCUCAUUCAUGUUGCAAGGUGUUACUCAUUUUGUGUCCUUGAAUAUGUCGUACGAAUUACUCAAUUGAAUUUGUUGCUUUUGGGUGUUCACUGUUCAUUCACUCAGAUAAGACAAUUAAAGUCUAACAUAACAUCUUUUGAGAUUUGGUGAACUUUUGAGAUUUGGAGAGUAUGUGAAAUAGCCAGUGCGAGGUAUUAUUCAUGAACUUAAUGUAAUAUUAGCAUUUCUUACUUUAUUUAAUCAGACUGUGGAUACUUUUAAUUUCAUCAUUCCAUUUAUCUGUCUCCUAUUUGAGAUAUCUUAAAGGUGUUAGAUACAUUAUGCCUCAGGUUAGAAUAGAGGGGCAAACCCAUUGACCUUGGAAUUUCAGAGCUGGAAUUAGUGGAUUUAUUAUUAUUAAAAAAAUAAAAUUCAUUUCACGUCAGUUGGAAAAAAGGUUCAAAUCUAUAAACUAAGUGGAAUCUAAACUGUUGUAUGUGUUUUUCCUUGAAUUAAAUGUUUUUGCAGAAAUGCUACUCAAUCCAUCAAUCAAUCAACUAAAUUCCAAUCCCAAAUUAUUGGGGCUUACGAAAUGCUACAAUAUAGUAUAGCAAAUUCUUCCCAGUUGCUUAACAUUCACAUUCACAUCCACAAGCCUUUUAUCUAUGGGCUUGAUAAUUCUGGCGUGCUCCAUUCCCCUCUGUACUCCCCGUACUUAUCCCUAAGCAGCAACAACAACAACAACAAACCCAGUGAAAUCCAACAAGUGGGGUUUGGGAGGGUAAAGUGUACGUAGACCUUGCCCCUACUUUAUGACAGUAGAGAGACUGUUUCCGAAAGACCCUCGGCUCAACAGAAGUGAAAAUGAAGCAAUAAACAGACAAUAGCAACAACAAGGUAAUUAGACAUAGGCACAAAUGGAGAUACGUGCAAUAACAGAGAUCUAAGAAUACGACACUAUAAGAAUAGAGUCAAUCUCGCUGGAAAUAAUGACACAAUGUGAAAUAGCAAGGGGUUAGGAAUAGGAAAAUACAGGACUAGUAUUAAUACAGUAAUACUACUGGGAAGCCUAGACGAAACUCUAGACCGCCUGCCAACCUACAACCCUAAUCUUUGACCUCCACACCCUCCUAUCGAGGGUCAUGUCCUCGGUGAGCUGAAGUAGCACCAUGUCCUGCCUAAUCACCUCACUCUAGUACUUCUUAGGCCUCCCUCUACCCCUCCUUUGAUCCUCCAUGUUCAACCUCUCACACCUCCUAACCGGGGCAUCAGGGUCUCUUCUCUUCACAUAUCCGAAUCAUCUCAGUCUCAAUUUCCGCAACUUAUCUUCUACAGGAGCCACACCCACCAUGUCCCUAAUAUGCUCGUUCCUAAUCUUAUCUUUCCUGGUAUGCCCACACAUCCAUCUCAACAUCCUCAUUUCCGCUACUUUCAACUUCUGGACAUGAGAUUUCUUAUGGCCAGCACUCGGCUCCAUACAACAUGGCCGGUCUAACUAACACUUUAUAGAACUUGCCCUUAAGUCUAGGUGG